CCUUUCUUCUUCUUCUUCUCAACUCACAAAUACAUCUUUUUCCGGCAUAUGUCUCAGAGACCCAACGUUCCACACUUCGCAUCUAUAGCUUUUGGUCUCCAUUCUCAUCUCCUGGUUUCCAGUGAGAUGAUCUCUAACUCCAAUUGGUCUUAAAACAAACAAUUUCUUCAUUCAUUCUUUCUAUUUUUAGAUUACCAAAUUCUUUAUAUAGCUUUCGUCUUCAUUCAUAUUUAGCUUAGCCAAGAUGGGUGUUAAAGGAUUUGUUGAAGGAGGCAUUGCUUCGAUUAUUGCUGGAUGUAGUACCCACCCACUUGAUUUAAUCAAAGUCCGAAUGCAGCUUCAGGGUGAAACCCCAAUUUCAGCUCCGGCGACUGUUCAGAAUCUCCGGCCAGCACUUGCUUUUCACACUGGUGCUACAAAUAUCCAUAUUCCGGCGCCAUCGGUGGUUGCUCCGCCGCGUGUGGGACCGGUUGCUGUGGGUGUAAAGAUCAUCCAGCAAGAAGGAGUUGCUGCUUUAUUCUCCGGUGUAUCAGCGACUGUUCUCCGGCAGACACUUUACUCGACAACCAGGAUGGGUUUAUACGAUAUGCUGAAGCAGAAAUGGACCGAUCCGGAUACCAACAUCAUGCCUUUAUCGAAGAAGAUCGUCGCUGGAUUAAUCGCCGGCGGGAUCGGAGCUGCCGUCGGUAACCCCGCUGACGUGGCUAUGGUCCGCAUGCAAGCCGACGGCCGGCUUCCGAUCUCUCAACGCCGCAACUACAAAAGCGUGAUCGAUGCAAUUACUCAAAUGAGUAAAAGCGAAGGGGUAACUAGCCUGUGGCGCGGCUCAUCCCUUACGGUGAACCGUGCCAUGCUAGUUACGGCAUCUCAGCUAGCAUCAUACGAUCAAUUCAAAGAGACUAUCCUCAAGAAGGGAUUAAUGAAAGACGGGCUUGGAACCCACGUGACAGCAAGCUUCGCCGCCGGAUUUGUGGCCGCGGUGGCGUCGAAUCCAGUGGAUGUGAUCAAGACACGUGUCAUGAACAUGAAGGUGGAGCCGGGAAUGGCCCCACCGUAUAGUGGGGCCAUUGAUUGUGCAAUGAAAACUAUCAAAGCUGAGGGGCCCAUGGCACUUUAUAAAGGGUUUAUACCAACAAUCUCAAGGCAAGGACCAUUUACUGUGGUGCUCUUUGUCACACUGGAACAAGUUAGGAAAAUACUCAAGGAUUUUUAAUUAUGAUGAUGACGAAGAAGAAAAAAAUUAAUGGGAUUUUAGUAUUAAGAAUUAAAAGAAAAAAUUUACUUUAAUUUAUGUUUUUAAGUUUUAAGUUUGGGACAAGUAAUACUAUGUUAUGUUGUUAUAUUAUUAUUAUUAUUAUUGUUGUUACUUCUAAAUGAAAAAUGAGUUGUUGUUACAA